UGCGGAUUGUCGGUAUUUCAUCAACGUUGCAAUUUGUGUGAAGUACUAUUAAAUUUAGCUUAAGUUAAAUGAAAAUUGUGUCAAUUAAUUUUAAUAAGUAAUUGUACGUUUUAAUAAUCGAAAUAGUCAGUCUUUUAUAUACUAGUUGCAAAAAUGGUAGAUAAUCAACUCAAUAAUAUCUCGUUAAAAGAUGAAGAAGACGAUGUUGUAGACCCAUGGAACGUAUCAACCAAAUCGGAAACCGGACUUGAUUAUGACAAAUUAAUAAAAAGGUUCGGAAGUCAAAAAAUAGAUGAAGAACUUAUAGAAAAGUUUGAAAAAGUAACUGGAAAGAGAGCACAUCAGUUUCUCAGACGAGGAAUAUUCUUCUCUCAUAGGGACUUGAACACUAUAUUGUCGCUUCAUGAGUCCAGAAGGAAGUUCUACCUGUAUACUGGCAGAGGUCCAUCAUCAGAAAGCAUGCACAUUGGUCACAUGAUACCAUUUAUGUUCACCAAAUGGCUACAGGAUGUUUUCAAUGUACCGCUGAUUAUUCAGUUGACUGAUGAUGAGAAGGCGAUGUGGAGAGACAUCAAAGUUGAGGAUGCCCGUAAAAUGGCACACAGCAAUGCCAAGGAUAUUAUUGCGGUCGGCUUUGACCCAUCAAAUACUUUUAUAUUUAAUGAUUUGGAUUUUAUUGGGCAGUGCCCAGCUUUCUACCAGAACAUGGUUCGGAUACAGAAGUGUGUGACCUUCAAUCAAGUCAAGGGUAUAUUUGGUUUUGGGGACUCUGACGUCAUUGGCAAGAUAACAUUCCCCUCAAUAGAAGCUGCACCUGCGUUCUCAACCACAUUCCCAUUUAUAUUCGGCGACAAAGUUGUGCCGUGCUUGGUGCCGUGUGCGAUUGACCAAGAUCCAUAUUUCCGCAUGAGUCGCGAUGUAGCCGCACGGCUCAAGCUGCCGAAGCCUGCGCUCAUCCACAGCACCUUCCUGCCCGCGCUGCAGGGCGCCCAGCACAAGAUGUCUGCCAGUGAUCCCAACGCAUCUAUAUUCCUUAACGACACCCCUAAACAAAUCAAGAAUAAGAUAAACAAGUACGCGUUCUCUGGUGGACAGGCGACAGUGGAGGAGCACAGGGAGAAAGGUGGCAACACAGAUGUUGAUAUAUCCUUCAAGUAUCUCACCUUCUUCCUUGAAGAUGACGACCAUUUGGCAUCGAUUAAAAAAUCUUACGAAUCCGGUGAAAUGUUGACUGGAGAAUUGAAGAAAAUCGCGAUAGAUACAAUAACGCCUAUCAUACAGGAGUACCAGGCGCGCAGAGCUCAAGUCACCGAUGACGUCAUGCAGGAGUUCUUCAAAAUCAGACAAAUUAAAGUUUAAUUAAAAAAUAUAUGCUAUUAUUUAUUGUUGUAAAUAUAAGCUUAUAUGUAAACAUGUUUUUUAUGCUAUGACUAUGCGAUUCCUAUUUAAUACUAUGUUUAACAUAAUAGAAUUAUUUAUUUUUA